CCAAGAGCAUAUUUUAUAUACUCUUUGACCAAGAGCAUCUAUAGAUUUAAGCAAAAGUCAAGAAAUUUGUGUUUUUCUAAUUUAAUGACUUUAUGAUAUUUUUAAAUAAUGCAUUAACCUAUCACCAUGAUUAUAUUAUAGUGUAGAUGUAUUUGCGUAAGUAGACUAUUUGCAGGCUGCGUUAUUAGGCGCAGUUACAAUAAAUUAGCAAUGGAUGUUGAAACAGAUGGAAGGAAUUCCCGAUCCCGCAGCCCUUCUAUAGCGUCGGAGUCGAAGAUGUCGCGCGGCACUUCUCGCUCCCGUUCCCGCUCCCGGAGUGCAUCGUCCAAAAAUAGGUCCCAAAGCGGAUCUCCGGCCAAAUCUAGAUCUAGAUCCAGAAGCGGUUCGGCGAGAUCGCCAUCGAGGAGUAAAUCUAGAUCGAGGAGUGGUUCGGCUAGAUCGAGAUCGAGGAGCAAAUCUAAAUCUAGAUCAAGGAGUGGAUCGGCUAGAUCGCGAUCGAGGAGUAAAUCUAGGUCGAGAAGCGCUUCGAUAAGAUCGAGAUCUAAAAGCGGCUCGCCUGCUAAAUCGAGAAGCGGUUCCGAAGCUUCGCGAUCUAGGUCUAGGUCGCGAAGCGGAUCACCAGCUAAAUCUAGGUCUGGAAGUGUCACCCGUAAAUCCAAGUCGCGCAGCAGAUCUAGGUCAAGAAGUGGAUCUGCAAAAUCUAGGUCCAGAUCGAGAAGUAGAUCCGGCAGCGGGUCCCCGAGACGAUCUCGAUCCAAAAGCGAGUCUCGGGAUAAGUCUCUGGAGACUUCAACAGAAUCUAAGCCAAGGAGUAGCAAGUCUCCGAGCAAGUCACCUGUCAAAUCCAAAUCCAUAAGUAGAUCUCCUGGAGAUGGCAAAGCGAGAAGCAAGUCACCUGAGAACAUGGACGUGGAUGAAGAAGAGCCUCGAGGUCGAAAGAGAAAACGCUCGGGUUCCGGUUCUGACUCGCCCGACAAAGCGCGCGUGAAACACUCAAAAUCACGUUCCAAAUCCCGGUCUAGAUCUCGCUCAAAGUCCCGAUCCAAAUCUCGCUCCAAGUCUCAUUCCAAAUCCCGUUCUAGAUCGCGAUCCAAUUCACGAUCUAGAUCUCGAUCCAAAUCCCGUUCAAAGUCGAGAUCUCGAUCUAAGUCUGGAUCCCGCUCCCCGGCCAGGCUACGAAUACGUUCGCUAUCUAGAUCCCGCUCCAAAUCUGUAUCCAAGUCUCGCUCUCGAUCAAAAUCACCGGCCAAGUCACGGUCGAGGUCCAAAUCUCGCUCCAAGUCACGGUCGAGGUCCAAAUCUCGCUCCAAGUCACGGUCGAGGUCCAAAUUUCGCUCCAAGUCACGGUCGAGGUCCAAAUCUCGAUCCAAGUCACGGUCGAAGUCCAAAUCUCGAUCCAAGUCACGGUCGAGGUCCAAAUCUCGCUCUAAGUCACGGUCGAGGUCCAAGUCACGGUCGAGGUCCAAAUCUCGGUCCAAGUCACGGUCCAGGUCCCGAUCCGGCUCGGCCAAGUCGCGGCGCUCGCGCUCCCGCUCCGCCAACUCACGCUCCAGAUCGCGUUCGCGCUCGGGCUCCGCGUCCCCGUCACACAGAGUUGACAAGAAGCGUCGCGCCGUGCGCCUGGAGUCUGACGACGAGGGGGAGGUCGGGGGCGAGGGCGGGGCGGAGGGCGAGCAGGCCGCCCCCGCCCCCGCCUCCGCCCCCGUCCCCGCCGCACAGGACUCCUCCGACGACGACGUCGCGCCAGACCUCAAGAGCUCGGAGGCGGCGGGUGGGCUGUCGGACUUCGAGGCGAUGCUGGCCCGCAAGCGCGAGGAGCGCCGCGGUCGUCGCCGCCGCAGGGACAUCGACAUCAUCAACGACAACGACGACCUCAUCGCGCACCUCCUGCAGCAGAUGCGCCAGGCCGCCGAGCAGGACCGCGACCUCAACCGCAAGAACCAGCCCGCCGUCAAGAAGGUGUCCAUGCUGAAGGCGGCCAUGUCGCAGCUCAUCAAGAAGGACCUGCAGCUGGCGUUCCUCGAGCACAACGUCCUGAAUGUGCUGUGCGACUGGCUAGCGCCCAUGCCCAACCGUGCCCUGCCCUGUCUGCUCAUCCGCGAGAGCAUCCUCAAGCUGCUCAUGGACUUCCCGUCCAUAGACAAGUCGCUGCUGAAGCAGUCGGGCAUCGGCAAGGCGGUGAUGUACCUCUACAAGCACCCCAAGGAAACCAAGGCCAACCGCGAGCGCGCCGGCCGCCUCAUCUCUGAGUGGGCGCGCCCCAUAUUCAACCUCUCCACCGAUUUCAAAGGUAACCGCUACGCUACUGCGCGCUACGUACUACGCAUUACGUACUGCGCGCUAUAUAUAGCGCGCUACGUACUGCGCGCUACCGCCACCGCCCCCCACACCGCGCACGCCGCGCACCACCCCCCGCCGGACCCCGACCGGGCGGCGCGGCCGGGCGAGCCGGGCUGGGUGUCGCGCGCGCGAGUGCCGCUGCCCUCCAACAAGGACUACGUCGUGCGCCCCAAGUCCACCUGCGACGCCGACAUGUCCCGCGUGAGUACUGCCCCCACUGCUGCCCACUGCCCUCAAUAUGAACAGACGUGUGGUUGCGGCGGCGCGCCACACGAGGGUGCAGAGCAGCAGCGCGCCCGGCGCCCGGCCCCGUGA